AUGAUUGCCAUAAGCAGCGAAUACAAAAGAAUGACUGGAAAAUUGAAACCAAGGUAUAAAGAUAUUGAAGGUGAUUUCGGGAACCAACCUUUGAAUCAGUACAGUAGUAUACAACGUGAGGACUUCCAAUACAUUGGACCACACUGUAGGACUUGCAAGUGCUAUGAACCAGUUCCAUCAGUCCAACCAAUCGCUAUUCCACAGACACCUGAUUCAAUACAAAGUGAUUUAACUCCAAUAAUAAAUAAACAGAUAAGCAAUUUUGAGCUUAACUAUGCUAUAACAGGCGUUUUGAAUCUAGAAGAUGUAGCACAGGAAACAUCAACAGGAUGUAUACGACCAAAUACAUUAGAUUUAAAACUUAAUACAACUGAUGAUGAGAAGAUUGUAGUUACAGAUGAACCUGUUAUAUACGACGUUAAUCAAUUAAACAUAGGAACGAGUCCAGUUAUUGAAGACAAGGGACUUUAA